AUGCGAUCCAAAGCCGAGAUGGAUCUUCAAGUGGGUCCCAAGUGUCUCGAUGACUAUCGCCGGCAGCUAGUCAACAUCUCCGGAAGCCUGGCCGGAUCGUGGAGAUACCGGAUCGAUCCGGAGUGCACCGGUCGCCAGUCCUUCAUGCAGUUUGUCAUGGCCAUUGAGAGGACAGGAGGGUACUCCGGCAGCGUGAAGCAGCUUUGGGAAGAGAUCUCCGGGGAUAAGGACGAGUUCACCUUCCAGGACCUGGAUCCUGAAGGAUUCGAGAUUCUUCAGGCAUUUGGGACCUCCUUGCUGAACAGCUACGAGACCUUCGGAGACUUCUGGAAGAGCAUGCAGAAGUUCAAGGAUGAGCAGCUCGAUGAGGAGACCUUCAUAUCGCGGAGUGUAGAAAGUGGCAUCGAAGGCCUUUCGAAGCGAGAGCUGAGAAGGAUCUUCAAGAUGUUCCUGCCGGAGCCCAGUACGGGUCGGACGAAGCUGAUCCAAAGUGACCUAGAGGUCAUUGUGAUUGCGCUCAACGUGGAGCAGAAGUCCGCCUUGAGGCACAGCACCACCCAGAAGAGUCUUGAACUCGACUCCCCGAAGUCUCCAAUGCUGCGGCCCGCGUCGCCUUCCCCUUCGUUGGCACCGCCGUCUCCAAAAGCGGGCUCCCGCUCGCCAUCGCACUCGCGGGUGAGGUCUUCCCCGGAGCUCCCGGUGAUCUCCGUGGAGGAGUUCCGACGCCUCCUGAAGCGCCUCUACGGCAGCGUCCAUGCCGGCUGGGUGAAGUACCUAGACGUGACCGAGGCUGGCCGCGUCCCCAAGGGGGAGUUCGUGAACAGAGCUCGGGCUAUCGGAGUGACAGGGCAUGUGGCAGAGCUGUUCGCAGCCUUCGAUGUUGACAACAAGGGCUUCAUCACCCUUAAGGACUUAGAUCCGCAGGUGUCGAAGGUGAUGAAGAACUUCUUCAGAUGCAUAGAGGAUUCCUACGGCUCCAUUGAAGAAGCCUGGCCCAAGGCUUUCGAUGUCUCGAAGAGAAGAGUCGUUGGCAAAGCGGAGUUUGCUAAAGGCUGCGAAGCCAUUGGCUACGAAGGUGACGCGAUGAAGCUCUUCGCUCUGCUUCAGCCCGAGACGGGCCGCACGUUCCUGGAGCUUGCUGACCUCGGCCGUCAUGCGGCAGAGUCUGUCAAGGCUCACGAGGACAAGUAG